AUGAUUUUCACACACAAAGACGAAUAUUUUGAAAUAACAACCAAUCAUGAACCUAUAGGGAGAUACAUGAUGGAUACUCUAAACAAUAAUAAUAAUAAUACACGUCGACAUUCGACUAGAUCAGGUACUAGUACAGCAACAACAACAGCAACAAGCAAUAAUGUCGGUGACAUCAGAUUAGCGCAAUCUAAACUAUCAACUACAAAUAAUAAUAAUAAUAUUAAUACUACAAAACCAAAGGACAACAAGAUUAAUGUGUCUAUUAGAGUUAGACCAAUAAGUAAUCAUAACAUCAAUAAUAAUAAUAAUAAUAAUGAUAAACAAUCGAUACCAUGGGUGAUGACUUCAGACUCUAUAUCUCACAUUAAAUCAAAUGCAAUUCUAUCUACCUUUUUCUAUGAUUCUGUUUUUGGUGAUACUUCAAAUACAAUUGAUGUAUUUGAUGGUAUAGCAAAGGAAAUUGUUGACUCUUCCCUAAAAGGGAUUAAUGGAACUAUAUUUGCAUAUGGACAAACAUCAAGUGGUAAAACACAUACAAUGAAAGGAUGUGAUGGAAAUCCUGGUAUUAUACCACUUUCCAUUAGAUAUAUAUUUGAUCAUAUUCAACGAAAUAAUGACAGACAAUUCACAUUACGUGUAUCCUAUUUGGAAAUAUACAAUGAAGAGAUUAAAGAUCUACUCAACAAUACAAAACAGAAACAGAAAUUAAAGAUACAAGAAGAUGGCGAUAGAAUGGUCUAUGUGGCCGGUCUCAAAGAAGAGAUGGUCGAUAGUCCAGACCAAAUCCUAGCACUCCUUGCCCAGGGUGAGGAAAAGCGUCAUAUUGGUUCAACCAAUAUGAAUGAAACAAGUAGUAGAUCACAUACUAUUUUUAGAAUGUAUAUAGAAAGUAAUGAAGGUAGUACCGAAACGAAUGGUAGUGGGAGUGGUAAUACUGCUGUCGGUAGAGCAUCUACCAGUAGUAUCAAUACAAAUAACAAGAGAACUUUAAAAUCAAGUAAAUCAAAUAGUAGUAGUAGUACAACCACCUAUAUAUCCGUGUUGACAUUGGUAGAUCUUGCAGGUUCAGAAAGACAAAGUCAAACUGGUGCAGAAGGUGUCAGAUUAAAAGAAGGAACACAUAUUAACAAAAGUUUGAUGGCUCUUAGUAAUGUCAUUUCAAAAUUAAGUGAUUCCUCUCUUAAUAACAAUAAUAAUUUAACAACAACUAUUAAUAAUACAACUACUUCAACAACAACAACAACGAUAAAUACUACUACUACUGCUUCAACAUUGACAAAUAAUAAUAAUAAUUCAAAUAAUAAUAAUAAUAAUCAACAUAUUCCAUAUCGUGAUAGUAAAUUAACACGUAUAUUACAAUCAAGUUUGGGUGGUAAUAGCAAGACGGCCAUUAUAUGUACGAUUACUCCAUCUGCCGUUCAUUUGGAUGAAUCAUUGAGUACAUUGAAUUUUGCCAAACGUGCCAAGAAUGUAAAGACCAAUUAUCGGAUCAACACCUUUUCAGAUGGAAACAAGUUGGCUGCUAUUAACCAAGAAACUUUGAAAAAGUAUGAGAAUGAAAUCGCUCAUCUAAAAUUUGCAUUGGCUCAACAACAACUUGAAAAAAAGGAAACCAAGGAAAAGUAUUUCAAAGAGUUGAGUAAACUAUUAAAUGUUGAUGUUCAAGACACUAGUGUUGGUAAUCAAUACGAAGCUGACCAAAACUCAAAAGACAUUGACAAUGACAAGGUGAUCAAACAACCAAAAAAGAAAGCCAAAAGAAGAGAUACAUGGCAACCAACAAAUACUAGUAAUUCACAACAACAACAAACCGAUCAUUUAGAUACAAAGAUUCAUUUGGAUUGGGAACUUCCAAAGUUACCAGCGAUUAUUGUACAAAAUAAUCAACUAAAUAGUAGAGUAGUGGCAUUGGAAGAGGAGUUGGAUGAAACAAAGAAGAUUACUAUAGAGUGUACCGAUAUCAUCACACUGUUGGAAAGAAAGUUGAUUGAAAAGGAUGACGAGUUGAAUUUGACCAAUUCAAUUACCAAACAAAUUAUCGAAGAGAAUGAACAAACUGUGGCUGUACUUGAAAGUCAAUUGGGUGAACUCGAUCAAGAACUAUGUACCACCAAACAAAUGUCGACAGAGUAUUCAGAGGUUGUCGAUCUCUUGGAGACCAAGUUGACAGAGCGUGAUCAAGAAUUGACAACACUCAGAAACGAUAUGAAACUGACUAUUGAAACAAUCGACGAAUGGGAGAAAUCACUCAACGAAGCAAUCGAUGAAAACGAACAAUUACAACAAAUGGUCGACCAAGUCUCUCACGACUAUGACGCUAGUUGUGAAAAUACAGAAAAGAUGAUUACAACUAUCAAAAAGGUGUAUUGCAUGGCCGGAGAAAAAGAGGAUGAAUGGAGAGACGAACGACAACGUUUUGAAGUACAAUUGGAGACGUUUAGCGAAACCUAUCAAAAUUUGGAGCAAGAAAACCACCGAUUGGACAAUAGACACCGUUCAUCACUUGAAACUGUGUCCAAACUCAAAGAACAAAUCGAUAGUUUCUACGCACUCUUUUCACCCGUCAAGGAACAGAUUGAUGGAUACAUUGAAGAUAAUCAAAGACUCUCUGAAAUGGUCGAUCAACUCGACAAGCAAAAUCGACAAUUUGCCCAGCUCUACACGGGUGUUUGUCUCGACCACGAGGAAAAAGAAAAAUUGACCAUUGCACUAGAGGGCACCAAGAAAAAGUUGAGUGACCAGCAGACCCUGUGUAACCAACAUUUGUCAGAGAUGACCCAUCUCCAGCAACGACUCGACCUCCAACAAAAGCAAUUUGAUGGACAAAUCAACAGUCAACUCGACAAGCAACAAAAGACCAUCGAUCAUCUCCACCUCCAACUGGCCGACAGCCACCAACAAAUAUCAAAACAUUUGGAAAUGGUCGAAUUGUUUGAUCAGAGGCUCACAAAGAUGAAUCUCGAAAAGGACAAUGAAAUCACCAAACACAAACAAGAGUUUGUUCAAAUUGCAGAAAACAACCAAAAGCUCAAAGUAGAACUCAAUGCAAUCGUCGAAAAGUUUAAAAAUGAUAAUAAUCUAUUAAAAGAAAAGAACCAUCUCUUGGAGAUGGAAAGAGAUCAAGUCAAAAUUGAUAAUGAUCAAGUCAAGAUGGAGAUUGAUCAAGUCAAGAUGGAGAUUGAUAAAGUCAAAGUUGAGAAUGAUCAAGUCAUUCAAUCCAAUCAAUCAAUCAAAUUGGAAUGCAACCAAUUACUUGCCAAUAAUCAAGAAUUGGACAAUAAUUUAAAACAACUAAACAUUAAAUUUGUUCUAGUUGAAAAAGAAUUGGAGCAACAAUCUAAAAUGGUUUUGGAUAAUAAUGAAACAAUUAAUAAUUUAACAAAUAAUAAUCAACAACUAACCUUGGAAAAACAACAACUUGCAGUGGAUAAUAAUCUGUUAAAGGAGAAUAAUAGUUUAUUAAAGGAGAAUAAUCAACAAUUGAGGUUGGAAGCUCAAAAAUCAAAAGAUGAACAAAAUAGUAGCAACCAAAAAAAAGAAGGAGAAAGCCAAUCAAGGAUCUCUCAAUUACAAUUGAUAUUGGAUUCUACUAUUCGUGAAUUGGAUCAUAAACGUACUGAUCAUCAAGGUUUAUUGGAUCAAAUGCAACAAAUUAAAAAGGAAAAGGAUGAUUUGGAAGCAUCAAGUCAAGAAGAAAUUCAAGAAUUGAAAGAUCAAAUUGCAAAAUUAAAAAUGAAACAACCAACUCAGGUUCCAGUAUCAAAGAUUAGACCAUCAACAAUGCCAAUCUCUUCCUCCUCCUCCUCCUCGAACAACACUUCUUCAGAAUUGGUAUUAUUGAAAAAACAUAAUGAAAAGUUGAAAGAAAAGAAUACUAGUUUAGAGACCAAGGUAAAGGUGUUGACACAAGAACGUUUGACAGCACAAUCUGAAAAGGCAACACUUGAAAGAGAAAACAAGGAAUCAAAGAAACUCACAGGUGACUUGGAAAAGGAAUUGGACAAGCUUAGAAACUCGAGCAAGACAUCAACCGAUCGUACCAAAGAUUUCAAUACUACCAUCUCUGGUUUGAACAAACAAAUCGAACAAUUCCAACGUCAAAUUGAAAGAUCAAAGAUUACAAUCUCUGAACAAGAGCAACAAGCCCAACGCAAUACCGAGGAGUCAAAGGUUGCCAAUGAAAAGAUAAGUACAUUGGACAAGGAGUUGACCAAUUUACAAUCACAAUACAAGGAUCGUGAAGUAGAAGUGAAACAAGCUGAACUCAAGACCAAACAAAAGGAAAUGGAAUAUCAAAUGGCCACCGAAGAGAUCAAUACCAAGUUUGAACAAGAAAAGAUCCGUCUUGAAAAGGAGAUACAAUUGGCCAAGGAACAGAUAGCUCAACAUGACUCGCAAAGACAAAGCUCACAAAAUAAUCUCCAAAAAGAGAUUGAGAAAUUACAACUCGAAGUUCAAGAAAAGAUUCAGGUCAUCAAUGUCGUAGAUAGUGAACGUGAUGCUAUUUGUCAACAACUUGCAGAAUCCAACUUUUCAAUCCAAGAAAUGAAAUUGUCUGUUGAACAUGAAUCAAGUGAACGUCAAAAGUUGGCACUUUUAUUGGUCAAGGAAAAGGAGUACGCAUUGAUGGCACAAGAGUCGGUGGAAAAGGAGAGAUCCAAUGCCAAACUCGAAAUAGAAUCAAUCAAGGUCGAUCUAGAACGACUUGCAAAGGAAUUGGAAGCAGAGAAACAACGUGUCAUAGUGGAACAGGAAAAUGUUACAAGAGAAAGAGACCGAUUCCAAAAGGAGAAACUGUCAAGAGAAAGAUUAGAGGUUGAGAUCAAAUCCAACAAGGAAGGAGACAAUGGAAUCAUCACCGUGUUGGAGAGACAAUUGGUAGAAUUGAGAGAGGGCUUGGAAAAAGAAAUCGACGAGCUCGAUGACACUUGUGCUUCGUUGCGUGAAGACAAGGUCGAGUUGUCUGCAACGAUCGACCAACUCAGAUCAGAGUUGGAGCGAUCCAUUAAAGUUGGAAAGGAGAUGGAGCAAGAAAAGAGUAAUGCCAUCAAAGACCUCAAUGAAAAGAUCAACAAUGCACAGUCAAACCACGAAUCAGUCGUCACUAAAAGGAUUAAAGAGUCGCAGCUCGAAAAGGAACACCAAAUCCAACAGAUCCAACAACAAUUAAAACAAGCUGCCACCAAAUCAGAAUCACGUCUUCAAGAAUCGAUCCAACAAUUACAAACUGAAUUGGAACAAUGCAAGGCGGAUUUGAGUCAACGUGAUGAACAAAUAUUGACAUUGGAAGAUGAACACUAUGGAAAGAUGGAAAAGCUUCAAGCCGAAUUAAGAGACGUCGAGAAGAAAUAUAAUACAUUUAAAUUUAAAAAUAUUGAUUUGGAAAAAUCAUUAAAUAAUUUAUUACAACAACAACAACAACAACAACAAAAUAAUAAUGGAAAUAAUAAUAAUAAUAGUAAUAAUAAUAGUUUGACAAUGUCAUUAAUUUCAUCACAAUUAUCAAGUAGUACGAUGAUGGCUCCACCACCUCAACCACCAACUCUUAAAUCAAUAUUGAAAAAGCAAGCAAAUAAUAACAAUGUCAACCAUUCAAAUGAUAUUAAUGGAGUGUUGGCUAUUCCAACCUCAACAUCCUCAUCACUUUCAAAUUCACAACAAUUAUCAUCUUCACUCAAUGGAAGUGGUAGUAACCAUCCUGCACCCAUUUCAACUACUCGUACCACUACAAAUCUUUUAAAGGAGAAAUUGAUUCAAAGAAAUGUCACUAGUGAAAAGAUUGGAACCCUUUUAAAUCAUUUACCAACUGAAAAGGAUACCAAGGUCCAAAUUGUCAUUAAACAAUCGGCAAACACUCCUUCACAACCACCUUCACCGCGCAAAAAGGAUGGUCCAAAUUUUUUGUUGUGGAUUUUGAGCAAAGAAAUAUAUCAUCUACUUUUUUUAAUGAUGAUCAUUCAAACAAAUAAUAAGAUAAUGUCAUUUUCAAUAUUACCACAUUAUAUUCAAAACGAUAUCUUUGAUAGAUACAUUAGAGGUUGUGAAUUGGUAAUAGAAGAGAUUGAAAGGUGUUCAAUGGUAUCAUGGAGGUGGUUCAAUCGUGUAAAACAGUAUUAUAAACAAAUACAUAUUACAUUUGAACCUUUUAAUGAACAUAAGUUUAUUCAAGGAACACUUUCAAAAUAUUGUAUUAAAUCACAAUCUCCACCUUCAGAUUCAGAUAAACUAUUAUUGUUAAAGGAAGCUAUUGAAAGAUAUCAGUCUGAUCAAAAGCUGACAAUAACCGAUCUGAUACCAAUCAUCAAAAGAAUAGUCUAUUGUCACUCUUUGGAACAGGUGGAUCGAUUCUAUGAACUUAUUACAACCGACUAUGGUCAACUUAUUCAUCACAUUGAAAAGCUUAUCAUCCGUCGUCUCCUACCAGGUAGUAGAGCAAUACCAUUUACCCAUCUUAGGACAUUGGUCAUUUCGAUCAGCAUUGACAAGGAGCUGGUUAAAUUGGUAGAGUUGAAUACCCCUACUCUAAAAAAAUUGGCCUUUUAUACGAUUGCUGGAAAAUAUGAUGAACAAAUAGCAAGCAUUCUCUCGAUCGAGCCUCUACAAGACAACUUGGAACAAUUAAUUUUGCCUCCAUUCUCUCGAGAACUGCUAAAAUUAAUAGCAAAGUUCAAGUCGUUGAAAAGGUUUGAAGUACUAGGCAGCACUCAAUGGAUUCGCGAAGGCUACAAAGCAUACAACGAGUUUCUUCAAACCAACAAAACCAUACAGAGGGCAUCUGGCUAUUUCAUGCAAGAGUCUCUUUCAACAAUGAAAACACAUCCAUCGAUUCGACACUGGAAUAUUCAAUGUCAAACCAACAAUCUACCAUCAUUUUCUCAAAUAGAACUGUCCAACAUAAUAGAGUCGAUGGUAUUGACCUAUUCAACAUCUUUGAUUUCUUUUGACUUUUCUCAAUCCUUUAACAGUCUAAGAUCACUCUCUUUGGUAGUCUCUUGUCCGACACUGAUGGACAGUAUUGGAAAGGUACUUGUUCAAAGCAAAUGCCUAUCCUUUUUGGACAUGUCAUUCAACUAUAAUUCAAACUCUAGUCCCUAUACACCAGUUAAAGUGUCAAAGUAUUUCUCAAACUGCUUGUUGGAAAAUACUACUCUGUCUACACUUUAUAUUUCUGCACCCAAAGAAGAAAAUUCAAUCUUUUCAAAACAAUUGGAAGAACCAAGUGUAUUUGACAAAUUUCUGAGAGAAACCAAAACACUUUACAAAUUCAAACUCAAACAAAGAAUUACCCUCAAUGGGGAUUCUGUCAUUCUCGGUGAUGUUGUAAAAGAAUUUAUGAACCGAUUCAGUAAACAAUUUGACUGUGCCUCAAGGGUACCCAUAAGGGCUUGGAGUUAUGAAACAGACCAAUAUUACCAAGAUCUACAAUUUGUUUUUUAUAAAAACUCUAAUAUUAGAAAAUAA